AUGGUGUCACACAUGAAACCAACUUCCGAUGGCAACCUUGCUCCUCGCGCAAAAAAGGCCCGGAUCGGAGACCCCCUUGCGUUCCAAAGGAUCCGAGUCUUCUGUCAGGGAGAUAUCGACUCGCUCUAUCCACUCAUUGUUGCGUACAUCGAGCGCCCAUCCCUGGCAGAUUCGGUCGUGGAGUUUGCCAUCGACACUGAAGGAUGGCCAAGCUACCACUUCGGCGUUGGGGACACAUGCGCCGAGGUAUCGUCUCGCCCGGUAGAUGACGAUGCGCACGCUGCGAUUGAGGCAUAUGUCCGUGACAUGGGUCUUGGAGACGAGGCUCUCGGAGUCAUGCUGCCGGCAUUGGAAUGGAAGAAGCGGCAACUGAGGGACGGAGUCGAGGAGUCAAGGGCAGAGAGCAACGCACAUGUACGGGACUUUGCGACCACUGCUUCGACGAUCCUGCUCUCUCUCUGCACGAACAUCACGACGCUGUAUUUGGGAAACUUGGGAUCGUGGGAGUCACCACUGCAGCUGUACCUGCUGCUAACAGGAAUGUAUCGUAUUCCUCGCCCAGGACUGCGAAAAGUGAAAAAGGUCGAAAUCAUCGCUGGCGCAACCGACUACACCGACGAGAGACAGUAUGCGCUGCUAGACUAUCAGACAUACUUCAACUACAUUUGCCGGCUGCCUGCGCUGGAAUCAGUGGUGUUUGACGGAGCUGGUGAUUUCGAAGGCAGCACGCAAACGCUACCCAGACGCAUGUCAACCAUGAAGGAAAUCAGCAUCACUCAUGCCGAUAUCCCAAGCAGCGCCCUUGCCAAGAUCUUGCGGAUCCCCAAACAUCUGGAGAAACUCACCCUGUCCUUUGGCGGCUUGAUGUUUAUCGACGGAGGGAGCGCUAUGGUCUACCCAAGAACUAUCGGUGAACAUCUGUCGAGGCACAGGAAAACACUCAAAGUGCUGGAUCUUGAUAUCGACUAUUCCCUCGGUGGCCAGCAUGAAAUGAUCGAGGAUUCUGACUCCGACCAAGAGGAAGACUCGACUUCUCAAAGGGACCCCUUGAGCUCUCUUUACGGCUACGGUCUCACCGUGGGAUCUUUCGACGACUACCAAGUGAUGACGCAUCUCAGCAUCGGCGUCAAGGCGCUCUUGGGUCCUACGGAAGGCAGUAGCCUAAAGGAACAGCCCCCUUUUCGACUCGUCGACGCGCUCCCCCCAACGCUCGAGUACCUGUGUCUCUACGGGUACGAGAAGGGCGAGGACUCGGAUGUGGAUGAACAUGUGGACGAGUUCAUGGAACAAAAGGAGGAGCGCCUGCCGCUGCUGAAGGAGGUCGAAGGUGUGGACGAGAGAAUCGAAGAUUCGGCGCUGUUGUACAACCAAGAUGAUGAGGAUUCGCUGUGGGAGCGACCAGAGCGCGACUUUGACUGGAUCAAGGCGUGA